AAGCCCCUGCAUAUGAGCAAAGUCAUUCUGUUUAAGAGAUCAAGGCAGAGAGCUCGAGAAAAUGGCGAGAACCAAGCAGACGGCGCGUAAAUCCACCGGCGGCAAAGCCCCGAGGAAGCAGCUGGCUACCAAAGCCGCCCGUAAGAGCGCUCCAGCCACCGGCGGCGUCAAGAAGCCUCAUCGCUACAGGCCCGGCACCGUGGCUCUGCGGGAGAUCCGUCGCUAUCAGAAAUCCACCGAGCUGCUGAUCCGCAAGCUGCCCUUCCAGCGUCUGGUGCGAGAAAUCGCUCAGGACUUCAAGACGGACCUGCGCUUCCAGAGCUCCGCGGUCAUGGCCCUGCAGGAGGCCAGCGAGGCUUAUUUGGUCGGUCUGUUUGAGGACACCAAUCUAUCUCUAGCAAUGUCUGAAAGAGGCAAAGGCGGUAAAGAACUCGGGAAAGGAGGCGUUAAGCGCCACAGUAAAGUGCUGCGGGAUAACAUCCAGGGCAUCACCAAACCCGCCAUCCGUCGUCUGGCGCGCCGCGGCGGCGUCAAGCGCAUCUCCGGUCUGAUCUACGAGGAGACCCGCGGUGUGCUGAAGGUGUUCCUGGAGAACGUGAUCCGCGACGCCGUGACUUACACCGAGCACGCCAAGAGAAAGACCGUCACCGCCAUGGACGUGGUGUACGCGCUGAAGCGACAGGGACGCACCUUGUACGGCUUCGGAGGUUAAAAGCCUUUAAACCACAAACCCAACGGCUCUUUUAAGAGCCACCCACACUGUCACAUAAAGAAUCCAUCUUGAAG